UUUCGUACGUUUCACGUUUGUAUAACAGCAUGAGCUCAUGGAUAGAAAACUACGCCUAGUCCAUCAAACUUGCAAAUAUUAUUACGAACACAAAAGGUGACUAAAAGUAGCCCAUGAACGAGUGGUAGCCUAUUACGUUGGGAUCUUUCACUACUUUUCCAAACACACGAUUUGUUUUGCUAUUAUUAUGGGAGACCACAGUCCAUCUCGUGUGGCGAUUAUCCUACUGUCUGUUGUAGUUUACGUCGCAGCUUUGGCAUUUAACGGUCUGGCAGGUCCUGGGAAAGGUCCAUUCUGGAAUAGUACAGGAGAUGUGUCUGGUAACUACGAGACUGAAAUCACUCCUGCGGGAUAGACUUUCUCCAUUUGGGGCCUUAUAUAUACCUGGCUCUUAAUAAUGCUUAUCUAUAUCCUCACCUGGCUUUGCAGAAGGGACUCCAGUGGUUGGAUGUACUGCAGCCCAGCAGUUCUUCCCAGUGGAUUCUUCCUCACCUGGAUCAUUAAUAUGAGUCUAAACAUCACCUGGCUAUUCCUAUGGGACAGAGAGCAGAUGAGCCCUGCACUGAUAGUCCUAGCGCUGAUUGCCUUCUCCAACUACCUGAUGAUAUUCUUCUCCUGUCGUGGCCUCAGUGCGCAUGGCAGCUGGCUCAGUCAGGAUCACCCCAAAGACCUCUGGUGCAUCAGAGUACUUGUCCAGAAUGGCAUUGCUGUUUACACUACAUGGACGACUAUCGCCACACUCAUUAAUUUGACAAUUGUGCUGGAUGUCUCUGGAGUGUCAAAGACAGAUGCGGCCACAGUCUCUCUUUGUCUUCUUCUGAUUGAGGUCCUUGGGUGGUUUAUUGUGGAGAAUUUUGUGAUUGACCGACAUGUGCGAUACAUCGUCACAAUUUAUCCUGUGGUGAUAAUGGCUCUGGUCGGUAAUGUGUACAAACACUAUAACCCAGAGGCACCUGGACGAAAUGCUAAGUUUACAGUUGUCCUCCUCGUCCUGGCCUGUUUGCUGUUUGUAUUUCGAGUCAUCAUGGUGAUAUGGAAAAACAGGAUGCAGCCACUUUAUCAGGGCUCCAGUGGUAACUCUACAAUGACAGCCAGAAAUUAAACCAAGCAGUGAGAAAACCCUAUGCAGCUGCGUUACCUAAAUAUACUCCACAAUCAACACUAGCCCGAGUUGAUGCUUCAGCGACACAUACAGGGAUGAUAUACCAUAACUAUUUUGUAUGUCAUUCGGUAUCUGGAAGGUUUGUUAUUAAUGAUAAAUGACUACAUAAAUAAAUAAUUAUUGAAGGUG